AUGGAGGGAAUUACAUCCGAGGCUGCCACAUUCAGCUAUUUGUUCUUGUCCGGUGAUGAAACAUGUAAGGCAACGGACCUCGCUGCAUUUCUUCCUCGGUGGCUUAGCGAGGUCAAUGAGAAUAGGCUGAUUCCCCCGGGUAUCCCAGAGCUACUAACUCAUCUUUUACUCCCAUUUGGAACACGUGAUAUCCUGGAACACAUCGCGAAGCUCCGAAUCCCUGACUCUUUGACCGAUGUACAGAAGUGGAUGGUAAAACUUCAAGUCCUUGUGGAUAACAAAGCACACGAAAGGCUGCUGCAGAAGUUGGAAUCUAUCCCGGAUCAAAUGAUAUCAUUCGAAGAUAUCUGUGGACAAUCUAACACUAGGACGAAUGAUAACCUCGCCGUUGACCCUAGGCGCAACCUCCGGUUUGACCAUGACAUACGAGAUGUGAUGAUUCGGGGCGACAAAGACGAAAUGAGACAGUAUCAAGACGUCUUUUACGGGACUGGCUCCGUUGCCUGGACGGUUCGAUCUCCUUACUGGAAUAUCGCCUUGGCCACUGACGAUGAAGGUAUUCGACUUCUCCCGGAUAAUGUCUUGGACAGAGUCCUUCCCAAAUGGAGACAAAUUCUCACCGGGGAGACGAUCCCGACCCCGAAAUAUGGCGUUAUCGAUUCUUUUCGCGCGUGGUUGGCUAGUGAGGAGAAAAAGGCCAGUGAUCUCGGCAAACCUUGGCCCGAAACCCCCGUCAUUCCCGUCUCUUCAGCCCCGAAGCCCAAGUUUGUAAGUCCCAAGACUCCGGAUCGAUCUCGCCUUCGCGCCAUGAAUUCGAGUCGUUUCUCUCCAUUUGAAUCUAGCCCCAAUGCCCCCAACAAUGAGCAAACUGAAUUGCUCCGAGACAUACUCACGGAACUUAAAGACUUGAAAAAUAUGAUCAGCCAAAAUAUCGGAAGGAAGCAAGAGUGCGAGAUUGCAGGAAACCAACCGUAUGGAUCUUGGCAACAGAGCUUCCAUCCCAUUCCUUCCAUGCCUCAAGGAAUGCAACCAAAUUAUCUCGUGCCGCAACAAAGUCCAUUCGUCGGUGCUCAAUAUCUACCUCCCCUUCCUCACCCGGAGUGGGAACGCUGGAACUCCCAGUACCAAGGCCCGGCUACCAUGCCCGACCCGGGACCUGGUUCAGCUUCUCAUCCCUAA